AUGAUCGAGGCUCCCUUGUCAGGGUGUCGCCAGUCAGAUGGUUCAUGGCGAAGCGUUGUUGAUGAGAAUGGCAGGACUGCGAAGACGGAGAUUCGACAGGCGGAGAUUCUGCAGUUCCCAAGCAAUCAGAUUGAUGGCGGUGCGUCGCCGGCGCCAAGCAUCCGCUACUCGGAUGUGGCGCGUUAUGUGGGCUUGCCACUCGUCUGA